AUGGGUCGUCUUUCCUCAGAAUCCAUAAUCGGGUUACUCGCCCUGUUGGUCAACUUAGCACCCCUUGUCUUUUUGUUGAUAACGUGGAUGAGAAGACGAAGCAGAGAUUGGCCAUGUAAUGCAGUCUUCGAAGAAGUUUGGUUUUGCCAGAACCGGAAAUGUUUCAUGUUGCAGACGAUUCGGAGGUUUCCAGAAGCCGUACAGGAAGAGCUUAUAUUUGGAAGCAUGCAGAGCUCACAUCGUGCUCCUACUAUUCGUGGUCGUACGCGAAGACAAGAGACAGAUGAAAUGGCUCAUCCUAUGUGA